AUUUGUGAUUGUGUUCUGUGAUUGUGUUGGUUGUGUGAUAGUAAACAUGAGCGCGAUUCAGAGUAAUAAAGGUUGAAAUCUAAUAAAAUUCCGUCGCUUAAAAAUGUGAAAUGGCUUCAAUUAAGAUUCAAGAUAAAAAUUUCUCCUAUUACAUUCAACAACAAUUGGCAGCUUUGCUUAGGAACACUAGCACCUCAGUGAAAUUCAUCUGUGUUGUGACUUUCUUCUGUUACUUCUUAUCAUAUUGGGAUGGAGCCGUGCGAAGUAUCAGUGUUACGCCCGGGUUUUUCUUCCCUCCAUCCUUCUGGAUUUGGACAGCGUUCACAUUUUGCUUCCUCGAGAUACAUUUCUGGGAGGUCUGCGUCGAUGUAAUUAUUGUGGGGCUAUGCGGAAAGCUGAUAGAGCCAUUAUGGGGGGCCAUGGAGAUGAUGACUUUUUUUGCAAUUGUAAAUUUUGGUGUAGCUAUUAUAAGUGCUCUUUUUUACUUACUACUAUACAUGUGUACAUUUAAUGAGGAGCUGUUGUUCCAAGUUCACAUUCACGGCUUAGCAGGAUAUGUUGCGGGCGUCACGGUAGCUGUUAAACAGAUGAUGCCUGAUCAUGUCAUAAUGAAAACCCCAAUCGGGAAAAUGACAAAUCGGAACAUUCCUCUGACUGCAAUCACAUUGUCUGUGGUACUGUGGCUCAUUGGAUUGCUGGAGGGGACGAAUCCCACAAUGAUAACUUGCGGAGUUCUAGUCAGUUGGAUCUACCUACGCUUCUACCAGUACCAUACAAACGGAUCGAGGGGAGACAUGGCCGAUAAUUUUGUGUUUGCCAGUUUCUUCCCGAAUGUCCUUCAGCCAGCAGUAGCUGUCAUAAGCAAUACAAUUUAUGAAUUCAUGGUAAAAUUGAAGCUUUGCCGUCGAACUGUUAGAAAAUUUGACAUGGCUGCUGCUCCCACAGGUGUUACAGUUACUAUUCCCGGAACAGAUCCAAUUGACAUGGAGCGAAGGAGACAAAUUGCUUUAAAAGCACUCAGUGAGCGACUCAGCAAAGUUGAACACACUCCUCUGGUGAGCAAGACUAGCAACUUGAACAAGGGUUCUCCUUCACACAUCGUACAAGGGAAUAUCUUGACCCCAGCCAAGAAGUCGAAGAGAAGUGAGCAGACGCCAACUACUAGUGUGACAACUCCGAGUGGGACUUCGACUCUAAUUAAUAUACCACCUAAUUCAGAACCCUCCGUUUCUGACGUCUGACUCGUCUCUGAUGUGAAAUAGAUUUUUUCCCAAAAUUUUGCCGAGGAAGAAAGAAAUCCACUUUGUACAUAUCUUUAGGUAUCCUGUUUUAAUUUGCUUCGUAAAUAAUGCAUUUAGUUUAUUAAUAAUAAACAAUUUUAACAAAAUGAA